AUGGAGGAUUACUUCUGGGAAUACAACAUCUUCAAAAAAGACAAGCUCUCUUAUGCCGUUGACACUCUAACGGGAGAAGCUUACACAUGGUGGCUUAAAGAGGAGGAAUGUCGCAUCUACUACAAAGAGUCGGUGCGCACUUGGCAAGAUCUAAAGUGGCUAAUGUAUGAGCAGUAUGUGACGCGGAGUCUCACUUCAAGAAACUGCCAUAAGAAGGUUCUUAAACCCUUCGUAAAACAAGCACCAAUUUCAACAUCCUUGCCUAAGUCGCAAGCCCCAAACCAAACCAAGGUAAGUAUUCUGUCCUUAAAGCAUCACUUGACCUUACUUGUUACAGGUUCAAAGGACAAGGACAUGUUGCCAAGUUCUGUCCUGCGAGAAAGACUACAACAAAAACAGAACCGAUGCAACACAACAAUGAUCCGCAAGUCAAUGUAA